CCCCCAUGGAAGUAACUUGAGAUCCCGAGCCGACACGCUAGCUCUUGCUUAGCAUCCCUUGACAACUACUAUCACCCUAACUACCACCGCGUCAUCUGUCAUUUUGGGGGCUUUCAGCGGCACAUUGUCCUCCUUCUAGAUUGUCCUCCGUCUAGCCACGAUGUCUUCAACCACCACGACAACAACGACGCAUAACGCCUCAGUCCUCGCUGUAGAUGGCAUCCUCGCAGACUAUGAGCUGCACCACUCACAGUUAGACGUGCCGGAAGCCCGGGGGAAUAGCCCACCCUCUCGCCGCCGGACACCGAAUCCACCACUCGACUGGGACACAACGCACCGCCGCGUGCCUCCUUACCGACCGAUCAACCGCGACCGAGACCCGCUGGAGACAAGAGUGUAUACCAGCAGGGUGGAGCAAAUGUUCCUCUUCACCAUGUUCACGGGGGUUCUGAUAAACUCGACUACGGCGAAAGUGUGGCACGGGACGUUUGGGAGGCUGAAUGACCGCAUAUUCAAGUAUCAGAUUGGAGGGGAGAUCUAGAUCGGGUUAUGACUUCACUGGUUGUUUGUAUGCCUCCGAUUUUCAUCUCAUUGUAUAGAUAAACAUGUGCCGUGUCUAGC